CUCCACUGUAUCCCCCCGCAUCGCAGUCGUUUUGGCCAGAUUCGGUAAGGUCGUUGAUGCGCGGCCGGAACUAGAAAUUCCCGAGAAAAACACAAACCCUAAUUCCUCUGGUCUUGCUGCAAAAUCUUCCCUUCCGCACAUCGCCAGGUCGUCGGCGGCGCAAUUGGCCAUCUGUGGAUGCAUUUCCCUCGGCUUUCGUGUACUUUUGCGAGAGCUGUGCCGGUAUGGUUAUUGGGCUGAUGCUCUCUAGUGUGCUCUGAUGCAGGGAUAACAAGUUCGAUUGGAUUAUAUAAUAUUCAUUCUUUCUCUAUGGAAAGUGGGGACGUGCUCAAGCUCCCAGCAUCCUCCAACUCGGAUUGUGGGAACGAGGACGAAGGGCCCCUUAGUAAUGACCGUGAGCCUGGUGAAGUCAAUACCCUCCAAUUUGAUCCCGAGGAUAAAGAGGGACAAAAGGAGGAGGACAGUGGGCCUCUUAGUAAUGACCGUGAACCUGGUGAAGUCAUUACCCUCCAAUUCGAGCCAGAAGAUAAAGAGGGACAAAAGAAGGAGGACCAGGGGCAGGGUGACUGUAAUGUUGGACAUGAAGAGGGAACUUUUGUUAUAGACAUGGAACUUGAUGAGGAAUUAGUUGGUUGCUCAUCUAUGGCCGGAGUGAAUGUUGAAGUGACUGAAACUGAUUCUAUUCAAGUUGUGGAGAAAAAUGAUCACUUGUGCUCUGGGCUGCAAACUGAAAAUGGUUGUGCUGCUCUUGAAGAGAAGUAUGCCCUUAGCAGUCAUGUGAUGUCUAGCAAUUCAAUGUCCAGUCGCAAAAGAGCCCGAGUAACAUAUGAUGAAGAGCAACCAUCUGUUCAUGUUACGUAUAGUUCAUUAACAAGAGCAAGUAAACAAAAGCUUGAAGAACUAUUGCAGCAAUGGUCUGAGUGGCACACUAAGCAUGGUUCUUCCCAAGAUACAGGUGAAGCUUUAGAGUCUGGUGAAGAAACAUUCUUUCCUGCGCUGCGAGUUGGCAUGGAGAAGCAAUCAGCAGUAUCAUUUUGGAUUGACCAUCAAACAAGAAACCUGCAGAAUGAUGGGGUUAUUACUCUAGACAGUAAUGCCGUACCUCUUUAUGAUCGCGGUUAUGCACUGGGCUUGACUUUGGCCGAUGGAUCAAAUAAUGUAGAUGGAGGUCUGUCGAUAAUUGAGGAUGCUGCUCGCUGUUUCAACUGCGGUUCUUACAGCCAUUCCUUAAGGGAAUGUCCAAAACCUCGAGAUAAUGUUGCUGUCAAUAAUGCUCGAAUGCAACACAAGUCCAAACGAGGCCAGAAUGCUAAUUCUCGUAAUUCUAUUAGAUAUUAUGAGGACCCUCCUGCUGGGAAAUUCGAUGGACUGCAACCAGGCACUCUUGAUGCUGAGACACGGCAGCUUUUGGGUCUUGGGGAGCUCGAUCCACCCCCUUGGCUUUACAGGAUGCGGGAACUUGGUUACCCUCCAGGAUACUUAGAUAUUGAUGAUGAAGAUGACAUGUCCGGGAUUACCAUAUUUGCGGAUACAGAGGUCAAGGAAGAGAGUGAAGAUGGGGAAAUUAUGGAAGCAGAGCGAGAACAAAAGAGGAGAAUGACAGUCAAAUUUCCUGGAAUAAAUGCACCUAUUCCAAAGAAUGCUGAUGAAAGGCAUUGGGCAGAUGGACCCUUGAGGUCGGGUUCGUCUAGGCACCACCGAUCUUAUCAGCGAUCAAACCAUUCCACCGUACUUGUUGAAAGGGCACAUUAUCAGGACCAUAGAUGGUCUGGGUAUGCACGAGAUGACUUCCCUCCUGGUUGUGAACCGGGAUACAAUAAUUCCAUGUCUAGGUACCCCUCGGCGUCAGAUCGGUUCGAUUCUACUUUUUCUUCUCGCAGUCCAAGUAGUAGUGUUCAGUUGCCAGGGAGUCCUCCAAUUGGAUGGUCCUCAUAUGAGAGAGGUAGAAGGAGCCCAUAUGGAGAUUUUGCCAGUCGAGGUCCCCAUAAUUCACCCCCUGAUUAUGGUUUGUCUAGAUAUGAAUAUUCACGGGACAAUAAGCGGGAUUAUCAUGAUUUGGAUCAUCCAUAUGAGGACAGGUAUAAUGGCCAUCGCCAUUAUGGUCGGAGAUGAAAUGGCGACGUCUUGGAUUUGAAUUUUGCUGGAGAGAAGAUACUCCGGUGACAGAUUAGCAUUUGACAUCGCUAUUGCUGACUUGACAGAUGGAUAUGAUACCUAGUUUAAUAUGUACUAAGAUGGUCCUAGUACUGCACAACUGCCUUUGGCU